AUGAAAUUAGGCCCAGCAUUCUUUUUCUGUUCAGAAAUGAUCAUCUUUAUCAAUGUACUCAGUCAGAUUGUCACUGAGAAAGAACUCAAACUUCGACACGGCAUGCAAGUAAUGGGUCUAAUGCCAAGCGUAUACUGGUUGAGCCAUUUUUUAUCCACAUCCAUUUUGGUGAUUGUCAAUGCGCUCUCGAUGGUGGGCUGGGGAUUCGUAUUCAAUUUUCCAGCCAUUACUCGUGCAAACAUUGGUGUUAGCAUCCUCACAUUUGUGCUGUUUGGUGAAGCCAUGGUGGUCAUGGCAUUUUUCAUGACUACGUUUUUGCGUCGAACCAAUACUGCCAUUCUUGUGGGUAUUUUUGUAUUUAUAGUCGGUCUUUUGUUUCAGACAUUUGUGUUUUCCAGUUCUCAAACCACAUAUAUCCUGUGGACUAGACCCUUUUUGGAAAUGGGAUACGUUUAUGUGUUGUAUUUUUUCCCCUUUUUCAAUGCCGGUCAUUUGUUUCUGGACACUUCAACAGUGACCACUGGCCGCGUUGAUCAACUUACCGGAACCAAGUUUCCAGGCUAUGAUUUUGCGUGGUCGAGUCUUUUUAAUCCAAUUCCUCAAGAACUUGUUCCCAACUAUGGAGUUUCGGGUGUUGCCAACAUUCCUUUACCUGUCAAUGCACUUUACUUUUUAUUGUGCAACUGCCUAUUUUACGGUGUAUUGAUGUGGUACUUUGAUAAUGUGAUUGCAGACGAAUUUGGAUCCAGUCGUCCCGUUUAUUUCCUGUUUACUCCUACUUACUGGGGAUUGGAAAAUAUCCAAGCCAAUAUGGAUCGACUACGUAACUGGGUGACUCGCAACUCUACUGGGGAUGCUGUAGUUGAGGAUGAGGCCAACGAAGAUGCAGAUGUGACUGAAGCUCCACUAAAGAUUGUUAAUCUCCGCAAGGUAUAUGGCAAAACAAGUGUUUUUGACGAUGGAUCUCGUGAAAAAGUGGCUGUUCGCAACUCGAGCUUUACUAUUGAGGAGGGCAAGCUUUUUGCACUUCUUGGUCAAAACGGAGCAGGUAAAUCCACCACCAUAUCUGUUUUAGCCGGCAUGACACCAGCAACUUCUGGCGAUGCGCUCAUCUAUAAUCUUUCGGUCAAGUAUCAAUCACAGCGUAUUCGUCGCAAUAUGGGUAUUUGUCCACAGCACGAUAUUCUUUUUGAUGAUCUAACUGCGCGUGAGCAUAUCCGAUUGUAUGCAGGCAUCAAGGGAGUUUCCAAGCAGGAUAUACCAGGUUUGGUUGAUGAGCGAUUGAAGAUUGUGCGACUUCAUGCGGUUGCAGAUGUACGUGCUGGGACAUAUUCAGGAGGCAUGAAGCGUCGCCUGUCACUUGUGAUAUCCACGAUUGGUGAUCCCAAAGUUAUUUUCAUGGAUGAACCUACAACAGGCAUGGAUCCAGUCAAUCGUCGCUGCGUUUGGUCCUUUAUUGAAAGAUUCAAGCGAGGCAGGGUAAUCAUUCUCACUACCCACUCGAUGGAGGAAGCCGACGUUCUUGGUGAUGAAGUAGGUGUCAUGUCCAAUGGUCGACUCCGAGCCAUCAACAAUGCUAUUGCAUUGAAAACCAAGUUUGGUGCUGGAUAUUCGGUAUCUAUUGUCACAAAUGUGGAGGAUUCAGAACAUGUGCAGAAUAUUGUGCGUGAUAUUGUUCCAAACGCAGUGUUGGGUGACUACUCUGCUGGAGCUCUUUUGUAUCAGUUUUUGCCGACUUCUGUUUCGGUGGUUCCAAAACUUGUUAAAUGGCUUGAAGAGAACCCGGAAGGACUAGUUAAAUCUUGGGGAAUUGGACAAACCACUUUGGAGGAAGUAUUCCUUAAGCUUAUCCGAGAAUCAAAUGCCUUGUUUUCUAAGCGUGACGAGGAAGAAGCUCGGAUGCGUCUCAAGGUGUACAAGAAAAUAAAGUAG